UUCGAGGGUAGCUUCAUAAAUCCUGUUUCCGUAGAAGUGGGGUCGGACCUCGUUCUGUCUGGUUUGUGCUCUCAUGACCUGGACGAGGCCCUGGCCAUGCUGUUGAGAGAUCUGAGUCUGGAGAUUGAGAAGCUUCAAGGCCCUGCAGCUUUACCUCCACAUGCAGACAAGAUGAAAGAAAUCCUCAUCAAAACCAAAAACCAGGUAAACCGCAGCGGGCCCAGAGUGGACGUCACCUUCGUUCCUGGAUCGACGGCAAACACAUUGGCUAAAGUACGGCUGGUGGGCUACACGGAGCAUGUCAACAAGCUCAGGGAUGUUCUUCGUGACUUUCUGCAGAAUCAGGUUCCAGCUGAAGACGUGUUAAACCUACCACAUCCUGACCUGGUUGACUGUUUUGACCAAGUUUUCGAGCUGCUUCACCUGACGCAGACAAAAGCAACAUUAAAGGCUUCACAUUCUCCACGUCCAUGUGUGGUUGUGUCUGGUCCCCUUUGUCUGGUCCAGGAGACCCAUGAGGCCCUUAAGUCUGCUCUAGCCGGCCUGACCUCAGGAACGUUGGUUCUAGACGGACCGGGGGCUCUGCGCUACUUCCAGGGAGAUGGUAAAGUGAGCAAAGAGCUGGUCGAGAGUUCCUGUCAAGUUCUUAUCAGGCAAGCAUCAGGAAAGAAAACGGCCCCUCAGCUGCAGGUUAGUUUACCUCUCCGUACCAGUCCCACCGCAUGUUAA